AUGGGACCCCCGGCAUCCACAGCCGGCAUCGGCGCAGCACGGGACGCGACGUUCCAUCCCCGUCACCACGGCAACCCGGCGCUGGGACCCUUCUCCUCGCCUCGCCUCGCGCUGCCGACGGGGUACCCGGCACAGCAGUACCUGCAGGGCGGGCAGUACCCCGGCACGCAGUACCCCCCCAGCGCUCCCCAGUCCUCAGCGUCGUCCCCGUCCUACCCCGGGCACAGGAUGCAGCCGGGCGUGGGCCAGUACCUCUCUGCUGCGGGCGGCACCGGGGCUUACUAUAAGGCAGCUGAGCAGUUCAAUGGGCAGAGUGGAACCUUUGGCACCUACAGCCAGGCAGCUGUCAGUGGGCCAGGGCGCUCGGUGCCAGGGUACCCCAGUUCACCCCUGCCUGGGAACCCCACACCGCCCAUGACACCAGGGAGCAGCAUGGCACCCUACAUGUCCCCAGGCCAGGACGUCAAGGCUCCCUUCCUGCCCGACGUGAAGCCCAGCAUGGCUGCCCUGCACCCCUCGCCCUCAGGGCCGCCCGCAGGUGAGGAGCUGCGCCUGACCUUCCCGGUGCGUGACGGCGUGGUGCUGGAGCCCUUCCGCCUGCAGCACAACCUGGCUGUCAGCAACCACGUCUUCCAGCUGCGCGACUCCGUCUACAAAACGCUGAUGAUGAGGUCAGGGCGGUGCCAUGGGGGUGGGUGUGGGGUCAGCUCUGGGUCUCAGGGUCGGUGCCAGCCCGGCGUUCCCCCCCCGCCGCAUAGCCGGGCUGCUUGGGAUGCCGCCCCCGUGACGGCGCAGUUUCCAGAUGCCGCAGAGCUGCCGGGGGGGUGA